GAGGCAGACGCUCUGUGCUGCUUCACAGACAGGGAGUUUUCAGAAGUCCCCCAAAACACGGUGCUUCCGUACAGGUGUUUACAGAUAGUAACAUUGGUCUGAAGAAAAUGCAGAACUAAUGAAAUGGCACAAUAUUAAAAUGAUGCAUACUCAUCUAGGACGUCUAUGGUCAUUGCCUGAAGAACAUGGAGAACCUUUCAGAGGAUAAUACUCUGAAUUGCACCAUUGACCACACCAUACACCAGACAUUAUCACCAGUGAUAUACAUACUUGUCUUCGUAGUAGGACUCCCCGCCAACUGUGUCUCACUUUACUAUGCCUAUUUGCAGGUGAAGGUCAAGAAUGAACUGGGAAUCUACCUUUGCAAUUUGACUAUAGCAGACCUACUUUAUAUUUUCUCCCUGCCCUUUUGGCUCCAGUAUGUUUUACAGCAUGACAAUUGGACCUAUAAUGAACUCUUAUGCAAAAUCUGUGGCAUCCUCCUGUAUGAAAAUAUCUACAUCAGUGUGGGCUUCCUCUGUUGUAUCUCAAUUGACCGUUACCUGGCUGUGGUGUACCCUUUUCGCUUCCAUCAGUAUCGGACAAUGAAAGCUGCUAUAGUGGUGAGCAUUGUCAUUUGGACCAAGGAAAUUCUGACCUGCUCGCUUGUUUUUACACAUGGCGAAGUGAGUAACGACACGGAGAGCCACCUAGUGUGCUUUGAGCAUUACCCCAUAAAAACCUGGGAAAACAACAUAAAUUUUUACCGUUUCACUGCUGGAUUCCUAUUUCCAUUUUCUCUGCUGCUUUUUUCUUACUGUGGCAUCCUUCGAGUUGUCCGCAAGAGUCAUGGCACUCAGAAAAAGAAGAAGAUUCAAAUUAAACGCCUGGUUUCAAGUACAAUUUUAAUUUUCUUGGUUUGCUUCGGACCAUAUCAUAUUCUGUUGUUGACACGCAGCCUCUUUGAGAAUAGCUGUGCAUUUGCUGCCAGUAUUUUUAACGUCUACCACAUUUCACUUUUGUUGACCACUUUUAAUUGUGUUGCCGACCCAAUACUAUACUGCUUUUCCAGUGAGAACACCUACCAGGAUUUUGUCAAACUACGAGACAGCUGUUUAAAGUACCUAAGAUGCAAAGUGGUAGAAACCCAGGAAUCCUACCCGCUGAGUACUCCAAAAACUGUCAAAAAAAUAAGGGACCAAGCUGAGCUUGACCCAGAGUCAUUAAAUACACUACAUGCUCAUGAAAUGGAGGAAACAUCAGCUGACACUUUUCCAAAAGGAAGAGUGAUGUAAAGUCUCCAUGUAUAUAUUUGUUCACUUCUCAUUUGGGCUGUAAAAAGCAUCUAUAAUUUAAAAAUACAAUCAACUAUGCUACACAGAUAUUCUUCUUUCCGCACGGGGAAUUCCUUAGUUCCUUUAAUGUCGUUCAGAGCUUUAUUCUAA